AUGCCCGACUCGGGGACGGCAGCGGCGGGCGCUGCUGCAGCCGCGGCGGCCACCGCCAGCGGCUCGGCCACCGCCGGCGACGGCACCGAGAGCUCCCGGCACCGACACCGAGCGCAGCAGGGAGACGCGGAGAGGCCGGAGCCGGGCACUGCCCCGGCACAACAAUCCUCCGGAGUACUGGAUAAGUUGUUUGGAAAGCGACUGCUGCAGGCUGGGAGACACAUCAUGUCUCAUAAGUCUUGGAUGAAAACUGUGCCCACAGAGAACUGUGAUGUCCUCAUGACAUUUGCAGACACUACAGAUGACCACACGUUGCUAUGGCUACUGAACCACAUCCGGCUGGGAAUCCCAGAGCUCAUCAUCCAAAUACGACAUCACAAGCACACACGAGUCUACGCGUUCUUCGUCACCGCUACAUAUGAAAAUUUGUUGCGAGGUGCUGAGGAGAUGGGACUGAGGAAAGCUGUGAAGCCCGAGUUUGGUGGAGGAACACGAAACUUCUCCUGUGAGGAGGACUACAUCUACGAGAACAUCGAGAGCGAGCUGUGUUUCUUUACUUCACAGGAGAGGCAGAGCAUCAUUAAAUACUGGCUGGACAAUCUACGUGCCAAACAUGGGGAGGUGCUUCAUAAUAUCAACUUCCUGGAGGGCCAGCCAAUCAUCCCGGAGCUGAGUGCGAGAGGUGUGAUCCAGCAGGUGUUUCCUCUCCAUGAACAGAGGAUUCUCAGUCAGCUGAUGAAGUCCUGGGUCCAGGCCGUUUGUGAGAAACAGCCAUUAGAUGAUAUCUGUGACUACUUCGGGGUGAAGAUUGCCAUGUAUUUUGCCUGGCUGGGAUUUUACACCACUUCUAUGUUAUAUCCUGCUGUGAUCGGCUUCGUGCUGUGGAUGCUCACUGAGUCAGAUCAGACGAGCCGUGACAUCUGCUGCGUGGUGUUUGCACUGUUCAACGUGGUGUGGGCCACCCUGUUUCUGGAGCGGUGGAAGAGGAGGGGGGCCGAGCUGGCAUUCAAGUGGGGAACACUGGACACGCCGUCUGAGUCCCUGGAAGAACCGCGGCCUCAGUUCCGGGGAGUGAAGCGCUGCAGUCCCAUAACAGGAUGUGAGGAGUUCUACUAUCCUCCGUGGCGGAGGCGUUUGUUCAGGUGGCUGGUCAGCCUGCCCAUCUGUAUCCUCUGUCUCUGCUUUGUCUUCCUGGUUAUGCUCAUCUGCUUUGAGCUGCAGGAGUUUGUGAUGGGGAUCAAGGAAAUGCCUCGGCUCGCUCGCUUCAUCCCCAAAAUCAUGCUCGCUAUCACUGUGACUGCAUGCGACGAGGUGUACAGGAAAAUCGCCUGCUGGCUCAAUGACAUGGAAAACUAUAGACUCCAGAGUGCCUAUGAGAAAAAUCUCAUCAUCAAAAUGGUUCUUUUUCAGUUUGUAAAUUCUUAUCUCAGCCUUUUUUACAUUGGAUUCUACCUCAAAGACAUGGAGCGCCUGAAAGAGAUGCUGGCCACUCUGCUCAUCAUACGCCAGUUCCUUCAAAAUGUGAAGGAGGUGCUGCAGCCUUACCUGUAUGAGCGCCACAAGCUGGGCGAGCUCACACUGCGAGCUGUGUGGGACCUGCUGCUCUCAGUGCUGCUUAAAUAUGCCCGGCUGGCAGCUGGAAAAGCCCAGGCCUCCCCCACUGACCAGGCCAUGCCAGGACCUGGACUGAGGGGUACUAGGCCCGGGUUGGGACAGCCAGAUAGAAGGGAAAAGAAGUGUUUGAACGGGGGAUGCGGGGUGCCAGAUGAGGAGGAGGGAGGUGAGCGGGACGAGGCUGACAGCGGGAGGUUCAGUGAAGGAGAGACGGAGGAGGAGAGUCUGAUCGACUGCGGUUUGAAGCUGAGGAAAGUCAGCUUCAUAGAGAAGGUGGACAGAAGGCCGGUCUGCAGUGGGCCCCCCAUGGACAACAGUUUCCUGGAGGAGGGGAGCCCCACGAUGGUGGAAAAGGGAAUGGACCCUGCUUCUGUAUUUGAAAUGUGUGACGACGACGAUGAUAACGGCAUCCAUGAUGUGAAGGAGGCAACUGGGGGAGCGACAGGUUCGGCUGAGGCAGUUAAUGCUGCUGCUGGUGCCAGUGCCGCCCCGCCGGCUUCUGGGUCUGAGAGCAGCACAUCACUGCGACACAGAAGAAAAGGCAGGAGCGCAGAGAGACUUGAGGCUAAGACUAAGAGGGAAUCGUGGAUGGACCCGCCUGAAGAGAAAGAGAGCAACACGCUCACUCAAGCUGAGAUGGAGAGCUGCAUGCAGACUUAUGCUGACACCUUCCAGGACUACCAAGAGAUGUUCGUCCAGUUUGGCUACGUGGUGCUCUUCUCCUCGGCCUUCCCUCUGGCUGCCAUGUGCGCUCUCAUCAACAACAUCAUUGAGAUCCGCAGUGAUGCCUUUAAGCUGUGCACCGGUCUGCAGAGGCCCUUUGGAAUCAGAGUGGAGAGCAUCGGCCAGUGGCAGACUGCGAUGGAAGCCAUGGGCCUGAUUGCCAUCAUAGUGAACUGUUACCUGAUUGGUCAAUGCGGUCAGCUGCAGCGUCUCUUCCCGUGGCUCAGCCCCGAGAUGGCCAUCAUCUCCAUCGUCAUCCUCGAGCACUUUGCCAUCCUCCUGAAAUAUGUCAUCCAUGUGGCCAUCCCUGACAUUCCUACAUGGGUCCAAGAGGAGAUGGCUAAACUGGAUUAUCAGCGCAGGGAGGCAUUUAAGAAGCAUGAGCGGCAGGCGCAGCAGCAUUACCAGCAGCUGCAGAGGAGGAAGAGGGAGGAGGAGGAGAGGCAGAGGCAGGCGGAGCAUAUGGCCCGCAGGGAACGGGAGCGGGACGACAGCAAGGGCGACUCCUCUGGGGAUCACCACCACGACAAGAGUCACGGCAGCAAAUCACGGCAAGGAGGGGGAGGAGGUGGAGGAGGGGGCAGCGGGUCGGACAAACCCAAGAGACCCAGCUCUCUGUUGGCCAACAAUAACGUGAUGAAGCUGAAACAGAUCAUCCCGUUGCAGAGUAAGUUCUCCUCAAGUGGCGCCCGCUCCCCUCAGUCACCCACCGGAAGUGAGCCCAAGCUGCCCGGCUUCCUGAGCUUCAAAUUCCUCAAGUCACCUGAGAAUAAGAAGGAAGGUGCCGCGGCUUCUGUGGCUGCCAGCGCGGCCUCUAACGCUGCAGCGACAGCAUCAUCAUCAUCUUCAUCAUCAGGUAGCAGCUCUCAGGAGCGUUCUCAGUCACCCAGCAAAGCCUUCAACCCUGGGAAACUCUUUAACUUUGGGAAAUCUGAGGGGGGUACGUGUGUGAACGGGGCUGCGCUGCCCAGACCCGGGGACGGAUCAUCAUCACAGGCAUCAGACAGACAACCAUCCAGGUCUGACUUGAACGGUGUUCCGGAGGAAAUCCCCUCGCCUGGAGGGGAAGGGUCAGAGAACGGACAUGCAACAGACUUGGACCCGGCCGGCUCUAAAGUCUAGUAGCUCCAUAGAGAAUAGAGUUUUUGGUUACAUCUCAACUGAAGAAGUGAUGUGUUUACUGUGAGGAGAGGCCUGACCUACCUUCUGUGCUUUCACAGGCUGUGUGUAGAAGUACUUGACGCAGAGAGAGGAGAAGAUGAAGCUGAUGAGAGGUGACUGUUGUUUUGGUUUGCUUUCUUGCUGAGAGACAAAAAAAUGAGGCUUUAUAAGAAAGACGUAAGCCCUCUUUUCAUGACCGAAUAAACACGCACGCACGCACACACACACACACACACACACACACACACUCUCCCUUGCACACACACAGACAUAAAAAUCCUUCCUUGUCUGCAAUACAUAAAGAAAUGCAUGAGCUGCGUUUCUAAUAUUUUUAAGCCUUUAAAGCAGAGAGCUGUGUUUCUUGAUUUCUUCUAGUCAUAAAUUGUAAGCAUCUUGUUGGCCUCCUGUGAGGAAAAAACAGCCUGAUAUGGAGGAAAAAGAUUUUAAAAAACAUAUACAGUGGUAUGAAAGGAUCACAGAUUGUACAUCAAGUGUUUUUAGCCGUCACAAUACAAGUGAUCAUUAGAUAUUAUCUCAUUUUUAACUGUGAGGAAUUCUUGGGCCCUUCACUUUUAUAUUGAAGUGGAAAAAAUGGAAAAGCAAUAUCAAUCAGUUGUAAUUAUUAUUCUUAUAAAUCAUAAGCAAACCCUCCCUUAAUAGCAUCCCUGAUGUAUCACCAGCUUUAUUUUGAAAGCAGAGGUGAUGUCAGAGCUUUGAACACUUCUUCCCAUCCUGUGACAGCAGCAGAUUUGUUCCAAAAGGAAGAGCUUAGUAAGUCGAGCUGUCACAUACCAGUAUUUUUUCCAGGAGAGCAAGUGGAAGACAGACAAGAAAAUGCAAAAAAAAAGAGAAGGUGAUCUGAGAUAAUGGCGCAUGGGAGGCGUGCUGUUCUCCAUCCAAGCCCGUAGAGCGCCUUGUAAACACAGAUGGUGCUCCGUUCCGCACACUCUAACCAGACGAGCGCAGAGUUAAAGAACUAACAUUUGCACUAAACCCUUACGCCCUGCAUAGAAACCUGUCUCACUCUGCAGGAGAGAGGACUGACACCAGCCUGCCUCAUAACAUUAUGCAAAAGCUGGUUUUGAUUUCGUCCUUUCACACACUACAUGCGAUCUGCUCACCUGCCCCUGCUCUCAGCAAUUAUGAGAUUUCCUAAACAUUCAGAUCUUUCUUUUCUUCUUCUUUUUUUUUUUUAACAAUAGUUGCUCUAUUUAUGUUGAGCUCCAUAUCUUUUUUAUACGCACCAUUUGCUGCAUUGCUUUACUGCAGUGCUGAUGAUGAGAAUUUCCUUUUCUAACCAAAAUGGUAUUUUUUAGAUUAUAUUGUCAACCCAAGAUGUAUAUUUACUGUAUUUUCGGUGAAUCAUAUACAUCAACACUGUUUAUGGCAAAAUAAUGCUACCCUAUUAAGCAAACCCAACAUUACCAGGUGUUUCAUUUCUGCAGGGUCUCCAGAAGGUGGCGCCAGAUGUGCAUAGCAAAUGUGCUGUUGAAUGGCUUUUUGUGAUUCUGACGAUUGACCCAUAACACCAGAGUCUAAUCAUCAGUAUACAGCAAGGACAGCAGCUUUAAUGUGUUAGACAGGAGCUAAAGGAAUACAUCAGCCUUAAAAUGACCAUUUGUUUAUCAAUUACUCAUCUUGUCCAGUGGUGGAACGUAACUGAGCACAUUUACUUCAUUUAAUUUUAUGUAAUUUUAUACUUCUACUUUACUACAUUUUCAGGCAAAAAUUUAACUUUUUACCCCACUUCAUUUAGUCAACAGCUUUAGUUACUUUUGAGGUCGAGA